GUGUUUUCUUUAUUCCAGCUAAGGCAUUACUUUAUACAUUUUGUUUUCUGUCACUGUUGAUGUAUUAUUGGUAUGCACAAGAGCAUGAGAAAGUAAAAUACACUAGGAGACUGGCAUUUCUGAGACUUUUUCAAAACUGUUUUAUCAUUGUGGCGUUUUGUUCUGAUUGGAUAUAUAGCAAUGUGGGAGGGAAGGACUUCAAGGUAAACACACGAGUUAGUGUUUAAAGCCCUUGCUAUAAAGGUGAGGCUUUAUGAAUGAAGAGGAGAAAGAUUUGUACGUGCUAGGGGUAAAGAGACUUUUUCAGAGGUAUGGGACCAGAGUCUGGAAUGGGAAGCAGUAGCUGUGUUCAUGCCAAGUUCUUGAAGAGAAGCAGUGAUAAAAGAACCAGGGGAAGUAAGGAAAGGUACUAAAUCUCAGGAAAGAUAUUGGUCUUCAGAAAGUACUAUGGACAACGGGAAAAAUGCUGAUAACAGCUCUUAUAAUGGUGGAGCUCUGCUUAGAAUGGGCCUCAAUGAUAACAAAGCUGGAAUGCAAGGUUUGGAUAAAGAGAAAAUUAAUAAAAUCAUCAUGGAAGCUUCCAAGGGCUCCAAAUUUUUUGAAAAUGAGCUCAAAAAAGAUCAACAGGUUAACCAACGAAUUGAGAAAAUGAUGCAGCUUAAGGAGAAAAUUACACAACAACAGCUAUUGAAAGCACGGUUACAGGUGGACAAACUUGUGAUGGAGCUGGAACAGAGUCGCAACCUUAGUUGUACUAUUGUACACAUUGACAUGGAUGCCUUCUAUGCAGCUGUGGAAAUGAGAGACAAUCCAGAGCUGAAGGAAAAGCCUAUUGCAGUGGGAUCAAUGAGUAUGUUGUCCACCUCAAACUACCACGCUAGGAGAUUUGGUGUACGUGCAGCCAUGCCCGGAUUUAUUGCCAAAAAGCUGUGUCCACAUCUAACUAUAGUACCGUUAAACUUUGAAAAAUACAGAAAAGUGAGUAAAGAGGUUAAAGAGAUACUGGCUGAAUAUGAUCCCCAUUUUAUGCCUAUGGGCCUAGAUGAAGCCUACCUGAAUGUAACAGAACACUUGGAGGAAAGAUUGCACUGGCCUGAAGAUAAAAGAAGAUACUUUUUGAACACAGAAAACACUACAGAUAAAAAUAAAGAGGAUAUAAGCAUAUCUGGCAGACUGAAUAUAGAUGGAUACUCUUCUUCACCAGAGCUGUUUGAAGAUGGCACAUCUGUAAUGGAUGAUCACUCUGGACAAAGAUAUCAGUCACUGAAAAAUGUAGUUGUGUUUGGAACCUCUGCAGAAGAAGCUGUGAAGGAAAUUCGCUUCAGGAUUGAGCAGAAAACUCAACUGACUGCUAGUGCAGGAAUUGCUCCAAAUACAAUGUUAGCAAAAAUGUGCAGUGAUCGUAAUAAACCUAAUGGACAAUGCAGAAUUUCUCCAGAGAGACAAGCAGUUCUAGACUUCAUAAAAGAUUUGCCCAUUAGAAAGGUGCCAGGUAUAGGAAAAGUAACAGAGAAGAUGUUAAAAGCCCUUGGAAUUGUGACUUGCUCAGAACUUUACCAGCAGAGGGCACUGCUUUCUCUUCUUUUUUCAGAAGCAUCUUGGCGUAGUUUCUUGGAUAUCUCUCUUGGGCUGGGUUCAACACAUUUGGAAAAGGAUGGAGAAAGAAAAAGUAUGAGCACUGAAAGAACAUUCAGUGAAAUUAACACGGCAGAAGAUCAGUACAACCUGUGUCGAGAACUCUGCAGAGAACUUGCCCAGGACUUACAGAAAGAGGGACUGAAGGGUAAAACUGUUACCUUAAAGCUAAAGAAUGUGAACUUUGAAGUGAAAACAAGAGCUUCAACUGUGCUGUCUUCUGUUUCUGCUGAGGAUGAAAUAUUUGCUGUUGCAAAGAUGUUGUUAGGAACGGAAAUUGAUAGUGUUGCUCCUCACCCUUUAAGGAUAAGACUUAUGGGUGUACGAGUAUCAGGAUUUCUAAGUGAAGAAGAGAAGAAAUACCAACAAAAAAGCAUUAAAAGCUUCUUAAAAUCAGGAAAAGAACUUGAUUUUCCAAGGCUUCAGCCAGGGAAACCCAAUCAAGAAAAUCUCACAAAAACCUCAGAAGCAUCUUCCAAAGGAAGUUUUUUUGAUAAAAAGCGGGCUGCAAGGCAACUAAACUGUAAUAAUAAUGUUUUUCCAAAUGAAAGUGUAGGUAAGCAGCACUUUUGUGGUGUAAACUCAUCAGCAGAUUUUGUGGAAGAAGCAAACAAGGUCACAAACUUGCAGAAGUCUAACAUAUGUGAGAUCUUCACGUGCCCUGUUUGUUUUGAGGAGCAAAGUAGUGUUAAUUUGGAAGAGAUUAAUAGGCAUAUUGAUGAAUGUCUUGCUGGCAGUCUAGUUAAAGAUACUGUGGAAAUAUCAAAAAAUGACAUUUCAAGAGAAAAUACUUCUAACUUCUUAUCACACUGCAAAAAUGAAAAUAUUGACGAUUGUAAAGAAAAUAUAACAACAGAUCAAUUAGCAGGAACAGACCAGUCAGCAAGUACAUCUGAAAACUCUUCUGGCAAUAGCAAAGAGAAAAAAUUCACUCAGAUAGUCUCAGAGAAACCUCACAGAGAAAAACAGCCUUGUGAUCUCAUUGAUAUUCCUAGAAAUGCAAGCAUAAAACAAUGUCUGUUUCCCAAAAGAAAUUCACAGGAGAAUGCAAAACAGUUUGGAAGGACAGAUCAUACAGAAGGAGCCAGUUCAUCCUGUUCUUUUGAAACCAAAGAAGACAGUGUUCUUGUUUGUCCAGUUUGUAAUUCAGAACAGAAAACCACCAGCCUUGUGUCAUUUAACAGACAUGUAGAUGUCUGCUUAAACAAAGGCCUUAUCCAGGAGCUGACAGAAAAAGAUGAUUGUUCUGCUAAGACUUCUGAAACAGAAAAUUCAAUCAGAGUUGGAGGGUUAGACAGAAGGCAGCAGUGCACAAAACCAUUACAAGGAACAAAAAGGUCUGGACUAACAACUUCACAGUCAGCAUCAAAAAAGGCUAAAUCAAUCAAUUCCAAGCAUACAAUUGAAAUGUUUUUUAAAUGACAGUGGAGCAGUGUACUUCAUAUGAAGUAUUUCAUAGCCUUUUAUGACUGCAUAUUAAUUUAGCAUUGGUGGUGGGCUGGAUUCAGAUGAAAUUUGGCUGGAUUCACAUCGGAGCCAUUGUAUGCUUAUCAUGCUCUGUAAAAAGAAUGAUAUGUGAGGUAGAAGAAGAGAUAUAACUGAGGUAAUCCAAUUUUUUGGAAAAUAAUACUUUUUAAGCUUAUGAGAAAUGAAAUUGCUAGCACUUAAGAGUUCUGUUAUAUUGAACAUGUGAAACUUUGUUAGAGUCACAUGCAGUCUCAUGUAUUGUCUCUGCUGUUCAACAAAAUAAAACAGGUUCAUUAGAGCUGCCAUGGAGCAGAUCUGCAUGGCAAGCACCUGAGAAAGAGGGUCUCAUGAGGUGGAAUGUCACAUUGUGCUUGUUGAUGUCCCCCUUCAAAGAUUUGAUCUGUCACCCUGUCUGCAAGGCAGUGAGUUAGCAACCGUAGUUGCUCAAGUUAAUACUUCCUUGGACAAUCAAACACCAAAUUAAUUUGUGUGAUAACAUAGAAGAGCCAAGCUACUUCAUUUCAGAUCUUGUGAAGGUCUGUCUUGUUACUGGACCAAAAACUGGUUGGUCAAAAAAGAAGAAUUCAGAGCACAGCCAAGCUUUUAUUGUUAUCACUGAAAAUUACUUCAGUAUGAGGUGAUGGACCCACCCUGAAGGGCUCUCUGUGGUGAGAUGCAGGAUGCCUUUGCUUGAUACUAAAAAUGUUAAUAAACUGGAUGAUUAGAGGAUUCUUCCAGAUUAGUUGAACAAAUGCUGUUUGAUCCUUGACCUCUCCAAGGGGACUGAGAACUUCAGUUGUCUUUGCUGUUGUUAAAUUGUACCUGUUGGUAGGGCUAAAUUUAAUAUAAAUCAGUGUGCAAUAAUAAUGUUGUAUAAAUAUGUGCAAUAUGCUAAAAUGAAGUAUUCUUACUGUUUAUCUAUCUUUACUUAAAAUUGUUUUCUAUUUUUAAAUAAAUUGUAUUUUAUGAGUACUCAAGUGGAAGUUUUAAAGUUCAAAUAUUUGAAGUACUCUAUAAUGAUAUUCUUCUGUUUACACUAAAUUGCUUAGAUUUAGAUUUUUUGUAGUUGAUUUAUGACGAUAGCUUCUUUCUUAGAAGUUAUGUGUACAGUCACAAACCCUUGAAGAAAUAUGAACUUUUAAAAGUGGAUAAUCUUUAAAGUGGCUAUGAUAGAAGCUUCUGUUCCGUUGCUUAAUUAUAUGGGGAUUAUUCUGUGACUUACUUUUUUUUUUUUUAUAUAUAUAUAAAUAUGUAUUUUUGGUGCUUAGGCUAAAUCCAGAAUGUACCUAUCUUUUCACUUCCAGAUUUUCAGUAAUAAUUUCAAUAUCUCUUACCUGCCAGGUGCCACUGUACCUGCAGAUCUGUAAUUUGAAUUCAGUGCUCCUUAAUCUGCUCUGGACAAAAUAAGCUAGGCUAGUUCAUAUUAUUCUGCAGUCUGACAGCUGACCUUGUGCAAACAAAGUCAGUGAGCAGUCAGCAUUAGCUGUUCUGCUGACAGAGGGGGGAGCUGGAAAUUUCUGGUAGGAGAGACAUUAAAACAGCUGAAGGAGCAGUGAGUACUGUUUAAAAAAAAAAAAAGAAAGAAAGAGUGCCUGUCCCUUUAUUGAUUUACAUAUGUCUAAUUUAAUGAAGUGUAGAAUCCAAGGUAACUUACCAAUGUGCGUGUUUAUUUAAAGUUUGCUAUUUUGCAUGUCCUUUACUUAGCGAAAAAGACAAUUCCUGAGUGCUUGGAAAAAUGAAGCUAGUCUAGCUUAGCUUGGAAAACUAUCAUCUGUUUUUAAAAAGCUGUCACAGAUUUGUUUCUAAGUAUCAUAAAGUUAAAAUUAUGGAGUAUGUUAGAUUUAAUGUGGAAAUAAAGCCCAUGUGAUUCGAAA